AGUUCCGCCCAGGGAACUGGGUGGUGAGAUACGAAACAGGCGGGUUAGAUCGCUGAGUCUGGGGGAGCCAUGUCUUGCGGCCGGGAACUCAUCCUGAAGGCUCUGGACAACCUGACCGAAAAUGAGUUCCAGAGGUUCAAAAGCAGGUUGCUGACGGUGCCCUUGCGGGACGACUUCAAACGCAUUCCCCGGGGAAGCUUGCCCGACCUGGACCGCGUGAGUCUCACUGACAAGAUCGUCGGUAGCUACCUAGAUGACUACGGGAUAGAGCUGACUGUGCAGGUGCUCCAGGACAUCCACAUGAGGGAGGAGGCUGUGAGACUCCAGGGAGCAGUAGGGUCUGCCUCAAGACCUCACCUAGUUGAAAAUGCAGCCCGGCCCACUCAGCAUUCAACUACAGCAUCCACUCCAUCAGGAAUACAUUUUGUGGAUAAGCACCGGGCAAGCCUCAUCAGUAAUGUCACCCUGGUGGAUCAAGUCCUUGAUCGGUUGUGUGGGCAUAUUCUGAAUCCAGAGCACUAUGAAGCAAUCAGGGCUGAGAACACCCCUCAAAACCAGAUGAGGAGGCUCUACAGCUUUAUGCGAGCCUGGGAUGAUACAUGUAAAGACCAGCUCUUAGAAGCUCUGAAGGAGACCCACCCUUCCCUGGUGCAAAAACUGGAGAGGAGCUGAGGGUCUCCUAGAAUUCCCUUUUACUACAGGAUCUAAGAACCCCAUUCCGAACCUGGCACUUCAACAUCUGGCUCUCAAGGCCCCCACAAAUUGCCUUAAAAAAGUAAAAUAAAACUAUGAGAACGGA